UCUCAAUAAGCUCUCAGGUGCAAAUAAAAACUAUAAAAUAACAGAGAGGAAAGAUAAAUGGCGGAAAGCGAGAAAGAAAUUGAAUCUAUAAGAGCAGCUUCGAACGAGGUGUCUCGUCAGUUCAAAACCCUACUCGAUCCAAAUGAUUUGGACUCUCUCAAGCACUUGCAACUUCUCAUCUUGGGAAGGCUACAAGACAGCAAUGCGGUCUUAUCUCAUUUUAACGAGUACUCAGAACAUUGCUUUGCUGAGGUUUCUAGUGACUUUUCAAGAAAUACACGCAUGUUAAAAUCUAUGAAGUCUGACCUUGAUUAUAUCUUUCAAAAGCUCAGGAGCAUGAAGGCAAAAAUUAUGGCUACCUAUCCAGAUGCAUUUCCGGAUGAAUCAACUGGAGAAGUAUUUGACCAAAGACCGAACCUAGAAGUGCCUCAAUAGCUUUGCUAUGGAAAGGGGUUAUCUCCAGGUUUUCCUGUGCUUAUUCCCCCUUCUGAGUUGUAUUAAAAACUCACUAUUAAGAUUUUAUUAUUGUAGUGCUUUCUACAUGGAAUGAAUCUUGAUUGAUUGAUGAGGAAACUGAUAUCUUACCUUGUUGCUAUUAUUAUAUGUACUUCUGCAAUGGUUGUAUGCUGUUUUGAUAUUUACACCUGUGUUGGUUGUAUAUGCAAGGGAAAGAAUAAAUACAGGAAGCUGAGAAAGCAGUCUGUUUUAUUAGUU